ACUUUUUCGCAAGUUUAAAUGGGAGUUAAUCUAGCUCGGGUAUGUGUAGGUAACUGUAGGGAAGUAACUAGUCAUAUCACUUAUCUUAACUGAAAAGAAAAAAUAAACUUGCUUGUGAAAAUAGCUUCGGGCAUAUAAUAUAUAUGGUUAUUCGUCGUCAACAUACCCAACAAUAAUUCUUUUACUCCCCCAUCGAAUUAGACAAAGCUAUUUCAACGUCAUUUUGCUGUUCAUAAUUAUUUGAUUCGCGUUGACCAACCAGCUGUGUCAUUCAACCGGUUUUUCCAUAAUGUGACGAAUCUGUUGUCACCGAUAUGGUCAAAGGAAAGUUUCAGGCUUAUUUCCCAUUUGAAAAGAAUUCUUUGACGUACAGUUGCCUCCAUUGUCGUGCACAUUUAGCUCGUCAUGACGACCUCAUAAGUAAAUCUUUUCAGGGAAGUCAAGGUCGAGCUUAUUUAUUUAACCAGGCUGUAAAUGUUCGUUGCGCUGAAGCUAAACAACGUGUUCUUCUGACUGGGUUGCAUUUUGUAGCUGAUAUAUUUUGUGCAUGUUGUGAUACGGCACUAGGUUGGAAGUAUGAACGUGCUUUUGAACCUAGUCAACGAUACAAAGAAGGCAAGGUGAUAAUUGAAUUGGCACAUCUAUUUAAGGAUAACAGUUGGGAUGCUGAAUGGUUAUACCCUUUGUAUCCGACAAGCUCUAUUGCUAAUGGUAAUACUUCUGACACGACUUUAAAGUAUGCAAAGCCGCAUUCAAUUAGUGUAAGUGAUUAUCGUCAUAGUGAAACUGGAAAAUCUAAAUCUUCACUAAACUUCCCACCGAUUGAUGCGUCUAAUUCUUUAUCAUCAACUGAUGGAGGUGUUUUUGAAUCUUCUACAACUGAUUUAAUUGAUCCUAAUGAAGAAACGUGUACAGAUUUCGUGCAUCAUCAUCACCAUUCACACCCUCCUCCUUCUCUACACCAUCAUCACCACCAACUUCAUUAUCAUUUGGAUACAUCUCCAUCUUCAACUCAGGUUCAUCAGUCAUCAUUUUCUCUUAUGUCAAAUGAUUCAGCUUCCUUAUCAUAUCGAUUAAGUUCAUCAUUAAAUGCAACGGGUUGGGCCUUUCGUAUUCCACCAUCACUGACAUCUAACAAUGAUGGCCAUGAUAAAUAUUUAUUAGAUUUAUCUGAUUCUGGACGUGUCAGUGAUUAUUCUCAUACUUGCACAUCAACAUCAGCAACAGAGAAUGUAGGACAUUUAAAUCUUGGUUGUUCUACAGAUAAUAACAACAGUGAUAGUGAUACUAGACAAGUUGAUAAUUUAAUACCGGAUAACGUGAUUAUCACUAAUAUUGAUAAAAGUAAUACACGUAUUCAUAAUAAUACAAAUAACAAAACUAGGACAGUCUCUGGUCAAACAGGCACUAACAUUAAUAAUAAUAAUGAUAUUUGUAAAGAAGAUGAACAUUUUACCAAAUCAAAGCCAAUAACUCCUAUUACAAUUAAGCUAUCUCAUAAAGAUCAAAAUAACAAUACUGUGGAUAAUAAUAAUAAUAAUAACUCUGAAUAUAGUUGUUUGGAAACAGAUGCAUAUGAUAUUUUUGAAGAUAUCAACUUUAACAAUGGGAAUAAUCAUAGACCAGUGGAUGAUUUAUGCUUAAGAAAGUUAUCUCAGUUUUCAACACCUCAAGCUAGAAGAAUUUCCAAAAUCAAUACACAAAAUCUACGAGUUACAUUCAAUUCUAAUUUAGGUAAACGUAAUCGUAAACGUAUAAAACAUCGACUUCGUGCUUCAUCUGCUUCACCUUCAAGAGAUUUUCUUUUACCUACUGGUUCAGAAGAUGAAGAAGAUGAUAAAGAAGAAGCAGAAACAGAAGAAACAGAUAAUAUAUCCGAUUUUACUAAUUUUCAUAAUCAAUCACAAAAUAUUGUUAAAGUACAAGAUUGAAUUCAAUACUAUAUCAUUUUAAUUCUAUGAAUAGCUUAUUCAAAACUAUAUUUACUGUCCAUGAAUGUUACACAUGCAACUUCCCGACACACACACACACACGCACAAAAGUACACAACAUAAGCCUUUGUAUGAUUUUAAAUGUUGUGGCUUAAUAUAAACCAUAUGUCUUUCGAGCAUCUUUUAUUUAGAUAAGAUUAAGAAGAAAGAAAAAAACCCAGUUUACUUUAAACUAAUUCAUCAUUUAUUCUAUCCUAGUAACAUAUCCUCUAUUCAUUGCUUAUUGUUUCUUAUUUAUAAUAAUGAUAAUUGUUCAUAAAAUAAUUUUAGCGGUUUAUUUGCUUCAGCUUCUUUUUUUCUUUGUUUCUUUUCUUUUGUUGUUAUCGUUCUUGUUGUUGUUGUUGUUGUUAAGAUUAGAUUAAUCCUAAUUUCUUAUAUUUCAUAUACCAUAUAUACAUAAAUAUUCUCCAUUUCAAUCUUUAAUAUCUUGUUUCUAGGUUAAUAUAAGCUUAUAUAUUGUUGUCCAAUGAUAAUUGUCCAAAGUAUAUGAUGAUCUUAAAUCCAUAGAUAAUAUGAAACUGUUAUCUUCUUAUUGAUUUAUGAACAUUUAAUAUUAUUUUUGAUAAUCGAUUCAAGGUAAUGGAAUUUCUCAAUGAAUCAUUUUCCCCCCUCUCUCUCUUUCUUUAUAUAUAUAUAACAAUAUUAAAAUUACGAAUAAAAAAGGACAUGAAUAAGUCAUUGUUAGUUACUUGAUGGAUAGUUUCAAUUUUACUUAUUAGUUAACUUUAAUUCUUUUUUUCAUUCACUUUUUCUUUUCUUUCUUUUCUUUUUUUUAUUAAUACAAAGAAAAAAAAACAAGUUACGUAAUCUUGCUUUCCUUCAUAUAAUAAUAAUAAUAGUGAUGAUAAUAAUAGUAAAAAUUUGUUCAUACAGUUUAAUAUUAAUAUUACUGAUAAUAAAAACAUACUAAACACCUUGAUAUGAUAUUGAUUUUCAAAGAGGAAAACAUAGAAACAAACAAAACAAAGAUUUCUGUAAAAAAAACUUUUAAUCGAUUAUUAUUAUUAUUGUUAUUGUUACUACGUCUUAGUUACAAUGUUCCAUGUUAUUUUCAUUUCAAAGAUUAUUUUAUUGUUGUAUUUGUGAAGAAUUUUAUGUUUCUUCCUUUUUAUUUUUAUUUUGCUCCUUUGUUUUCAUUGCCUAUUAGAAUUAAGCCAUGUUUCAUUUAACAAAACAAAAAAGAAAAUAAAAGAGAUUCAACAACUUCACCACUUUUUUCUUUUAUUUAUUUCGUUCAUUGAUAAAUAUAUGAAAUUUUACUAUUUAGGACAACUAAUUUAAUUUGGAUAGUUGAAAUCAUGAAUCAAUUGAAGCCAGACCAUCAUGGAAAACCUG